GAUGCUGUUCCUGCCUUCAAAGCGGUCGGGUGGAGGGGGGGGGGUUCGUGUGUCAACAUCCAGGGUUUUCCCCGGGGAGGCGUAGCAUUAAUACCUGAUGUUGCCUUGAAACAGCCUUUUCUUGUCCUCAGACCGAGUUAGCAACCUGCUAAAGAGCAGAAGACGCUCCUUUCCUCCCGCCGCUUUGACGUUAGCUGAUGUUAUUUUAAAGGAUGACAGAGUACGACGUGCCAACAGCCUCUCCGCUAAUUUAAUAAUAUCUGGAGACGAGCUAGCUUAGCCAGCUGGCCUUGUAGUUUCGGUGAGACCAGGGAAACGCUGCGAAACGCUCCGCUGACAUGAUGUUUCCUCAAUCCAGGCACUCGGCGUCAUCCCAGUCCGGCCAACCUCUGAAGUUCACCACUUCCGACUCCUGUGACCGAAUCAAGGAUGAGUUCCAGUUCCUCCAAGCACAGUAUCACAGUUUGAAGUUGGAGUGUGAUAAGCUGGCCUCUGAGAAGUCGGAGAUGCAGCGCCACUACAUCAUGUAUUAUGAAAUGUCCUAUGGGCUCAACAUUGAAAUGCACAAACAGGCUGAAAUAGUCAAAAGACUGAAUGGGAUCUGCGCUCAGGUGCUGCCCUACCUGUCCCAGGAGCACCAACAGCAAGUCAUGGGUGCGAUAGAGAGGGCCAAGCAGGUCACGCCUCCUGAGAUGAACUCCAUCAUACGGCAACAGCUGCAGGUGCAGCACCUGUCCCAGCUGCAGGGCCUGACCCUGCCUGUGGCCCCGCUGCCCCUGGGCCUCACCCCGCCCUCCCUGCCUGCCGUCUCCUCCAGCUCAGGCCUGCUCUCCCUCUCCUCCAUCCUGGCCAACUACUCCCACAGCCAGCCGCAGGCGGCCAAGGAGGACAAGGCCAGGGACGCCGCGGAGAGGGCGCCCAGAGGAGAGGACGGCGACAAGUCCGAUUAGCGAAGGCACGCCGAGGUCACAGGGCCGGGGGGGAGGCGGUGCGUGUGGGGGGUGGGGAAGGGGUGUUAGUGUUUAAAAAGAAACGGGAAAACAGACUGUAAAUGGGGUCCAUGAAGGUCUGAAUGCUGCGCGUUGUAGAGGAGAAACCACAGAGAGGACGCAGCUGAACCGUUUGGGUCCUGAAACGCUUAAAACCCGAGAGGUUACGUCUGUUUCAUUUAGUGGUAAUAGACUCAGCUCAGACCUCAGACUUUCAAUAGUUUCUUUGUGUGUAAAUCAGUUUAUUAGGCCUAACAAAUAUAAAUGUUUGUUCCUUUUUGGAGAGAGGGCUGAGUGAGAACUUUCUUCACUUGCUUCCUGCUAGUCUGGCAGCGACAGAAAGCAGAUUUAAAAUCAUUUGGGUUUUUUAUUCUCCUCCAUGUUAGUGAAACUAAAGCUUCCCGUCAGUUUAUUCCAAAUAAAACUCCCGUCUGUUUGAUACGACUUUGAAAGACAAACGUCUGACUGGAGCUGAUUGCUUGUCCCAGAUGAGCAAAAUCGAUCACAUUAGACAGAAAGCUUUUAUUUCACUGAGCUGCUCCUCUGGAGAGAAAAGGUUAACAUCGUAUUUUUAGGACCAGACUGAAGAGUGUGUAGUUUUUUCUUUCUUUUUCUCUUGUCAUCGUCGGGUCUCUUUUCCUCCAAAAUGAGUUUUUCUGGUUUGUUCGCUCCCGAUGAAUCCGUCAUGAGACGAAGCUUCCAGCAAAUCAUGAGCUGUUAGGUGAAUUUCAGCUUUCUAAUCAAAAACAUAACCUUCCUCCAGUGCACAGCAGGAACGGCUCCUUACCCAACCAAACCUUACAUCAGAUUCACUGACUGCAACGUUGUAGGGAAAGAAAAGGUGAUAAAUUACUUUCUUUUCUCUCUCUGUCGCCGUCGAAUGCAGACGUGAAGCUCAGACACCAGAAUGCUCUCAUUAGUUUUUUUUUUUUUUUUACUCUUUUUGGACUCAGAAUCCUUCCUUGCCAGACUUUGCGUGAGCUGUGUGCAUGUCGCAUCAAUUCUGUGCACAGAGAACCGCGCUGCCUGCCGGCAUGUUGGAUCGGAUGUUUCUACUUCGUCUCAUUUAAAUGCUUCAAGUCAUCAGAGCAGGUUUAAUAUCGGUGAAAGACGAGCUGAGUAAAUGUUUGAUUUAUACUAAUUUCGUUUAUUAAGGCGGGAAAAAGCUAUUUAAGCCAACCUGUUCCUAUGAGAGCUCAUUAUUAUUUUCUUUUUUUUUCUGUCAGGUGUUGCGACGCCUGAGUUUUUAACUUCGCUCUAAAAUCUUAGGAAUGAUCUUGUAACCCUUUCCUGAUUGGAUGUUUUAUUGUUUUUCUAUAGUUUGGGGCUUGAAGUUGCUGUUUGAGAUGUUUACGCCCACCUGUGUUGGUAAACAGAAUCUGUUGAAGCGUUUCUUUAUCCUACAGGUGUGGCAAUAAUCACGUUGGGGUGUGGCUGGUGAAACAUGACCAGAAAAAUGUGUCUCGAUUCGUCACUUAAUUCACGAGAGGUUACAUUUUCAUUGGAUCAGGUUGAUUUAGUGCUUUUUUUUCUCUCUCUCUCUUUUUUUUUUAAUAUACAUAAUUCUAAUUUGAAAGCCAUUUGUAAUUAUUAGGAGUGUCUGAUAGUUUUGAAUUUCUUCAAAUAGCAACAUGGUGGGACUUUAAUGUUCUCUUUAGACAGCAGAGGGCAGCAUUGCUCUUUAUUCCAGGAUGAAGCAAGGAAAAAGAUUUUUUUUUCUUCCCUCCCUCUGAUCUGCAUUUCCUGCUUCCUUUUACUCGAAUUGCAUAAACACCUGAGAUCAGCAUUAAAAACUUUACCCUCUUUAUCUUAAUUUGAAGCACUUAAGAUUUGUAUGAGCCCUGUUCUGCUUUUUUUCUGGCUGCUGGAGAAGAUAAAAUAAAAAAAUGAUAGUCUCUUGGUGAGAUUGAACUUUGACACAUAAACGAGCUCGCUCUCCUAAAACCCCCUGUUUUGGCAAAACUCAGACAUGUGAAUAGUUUGUGCGUUUGUUUUGCUGUGAAGGGCCAAUUUGUAUACGCACGGAUAUAUCAAUAUACAUAUUUUUUAAAGCAUUUUUGUAUGUUUCAAAGCUGCUUUUUAAUGUGUGUGUAUAUCAUAAAAAUACCUUGGUUGUCGUAUGUGUGCGCGCGCAUUACAUGCAUAGAGGCACAAUGUUGUAUAACAUGUUUUGGUUUUUUUGUUUAAUUUCUUUCUCAUUGUCUUGUAACAUUAAUUCUAGUUUUCUACAUGUUUCUUUCUUUUUCUGUGCAAACAAAAAAAAAAAACCCUGUUUAAAUGUGUCAAGAAACACAUUUUCAAAAUACUCUUGACAGAAAAAAAAAAUGAUGUAAGCAAGCAGCUUGUACUUAAGAAUGAAUCAACCUUUUAGCAGUAAGGAAGCUUCUCUGGUGCCUUACAAAUAAAAGAUGUGAUUAAGAGUG